AUGGUUUCUUUAAGGUUUCUUUUGUGUUUUCUCUUCAUAAGUGGAUGUGCUGCCACAAUUGUCUCUCACGAUGGCCGAGCCAUCACCAUUGAUGGUCAUCGUCGAAUUCUUCUCUCUGGUUCUAUUCACUACCCUAGAAGCACCCCUGAGAUGUGGCCGGAUCUUAUAAAGAAGGGCAAAGAAGGAGGUCUUGAUGCGAUCGAGACUUAUGUGUUUUGGAAUGCACAUGAACCUACUCGUCGUCAAUAUGAUUUCUCUGGAAAUCUAGAUCUUAUUCGUUUCUUAAAAACCAUUCAAGAUCAAGGUUGUAUGGAGUUCUUCGUAUUGGACCAUAUGUUUGUGCAGAGUGGAACUACGGUGUGGCUGCAUAACAUGCCCGGAAUGGAAUUCAGAACUACUAAUACCGCGUUUAUGAAUGAGAUGCAAAAUUUUACAACUAUGAUAGUAGAAAUGAUUGAAAAUGAGUAUGGAAAUGUGAUUGGCUCAUAUGGAGCUUCUGGUAAGGCAUACAUUCAG